AUGCCGGAGACGCCUCGCACGCCGCGCCAUUCUGUCCGACCUCCACGCGAUGACACUCCUGCCAGUACCCCAAGGUCGCGGCCAGACUCUGCCUCCGUGCAAGACCGGAUCCGGCAAUGGCAGGCUCAGGGUGCUGCAAACGCUCCUGCACCAGACGCCGUGAGUGUGCGUUCGAUACCGGCUUCGGUUGCCAGCACAGAUGUCUCCAGAUCGUCAACACCUGCCAACGAUGUAUCAAAGUCAGCAGACAUUCGCAAAAACAGGUGGACAUAUCAAGGUCUCGAAUCGCCAACAAAGCAGCGAGGCUCCCGUAGUAGCAGCGCCCCGCGAAAAAGACUUGUGAGCGACGAGCACUGGAAGUCGCGGCGAGAUACUGCGAGAAAGUCCUCCGGUCAAGUACUGAAGAAGGAUGUUACAACGCCACACCACGACAUGACAUACACUUCGACGGCACGGAUGGAAGAGCGGAGAGCACGACGGGAACGCAGACGACAGGAGACGGCGCCCAAAGAAGACUUCAACACAACGACCGGCACUGAAGCGAAAGACCUUAGCGCAUAUAUCGAAGAGCAGCUAGCCCAGCAGCUUGCUUCAACACCAGAUCUACAACCCGGGAGUGCCUCCGACCACGACGGAACCCACAGUGUGCGGUCAUACUCGCUGUACGACGAUGUGGCGCACACAGCUGGUCCGAGUCGGUACGCAGACUCCCUCGGCCAACCACAGCCGUUAUCACUUGGGUCCAAACGCACAGGUGGCCGCAUAUUGAGCAAAACGCGCGAGAUGUUCAACAAAGCCGAGCCUGCUCCGAUAUCCAAUCGUGUGCCCAGCAUUCAAGCGUGGCUGGAGGAGCAGCCGGAUCCGUUCACUAGCCGCACGCCAGAUGUAGAAUUCCAGCAGGCCGAGGUGCCCAAGCCCCUCAAGAAGCGCUCGAGACGAACGAAGAGGAGUAGUGACGCUGUGCUUCCGGUAGACCCCAAUCAGAUCUGGGACUCGGUGAUCGAUUACAAUCUGCCUGAUAGUCCUGCUCAAGAUUCAUCGAGGAAAUCGGCUCACAAGCUCAGUUCAUCUUCGUCGCCUCUAGAAGCCGACAAGAUAGUUUCUCAAGCGGAGCACGUGGCUGAAGGAGAAUCGCCAGGGGCCAUGAGGCGGCGUGGUGCUGCUCGAGCUCGCCGAGCAAGAAGAACAGACAAGGACGAUCCCUCAGAUAAACAAUCACUACCGCUCGAGCAGCCUCGAAGUUCUGGACCGACAAGGGCUUCCCGAGACAGAGCAUCUCCUGCGACUGGUCGACAUCAACCGGAAAAUGUCACUCCUGUGGAUACCUACAAAGCGCUCCCGCUGCCGCCCAACGAUGAGCACACCCAAUUGACCCCGCAAGGAGAGUGUGGCCUCAAGAGGAGACUGACGACCCACGAAGACCUCAUGUCUGUUCUUUCUGCUCCAAUGCAUCGGAAGAGUACGAGGGCUAGACGGAAUGGAGCAAAAUCUGAACCCUCAGUGGCGCUGAUUCUGGAAGACCUGCUUGCUGCAGAAGCAAAGUAUUCUAAAGAACUUCGAACGUUGGUCGAUGGUGUUGUGCCGGUCUUGCUCCAGGCGGUGCUGACGAAGUCGACUUCUGUUGCAGCAGCUGGGCUCUUCAACGCAAGCUCCGAUCCCAAUGAUUUCAGCUACACCAAGCCGAUCAUCGAUAUGGGCAUCUCUUUGGAGCGGCUCAAGUCGCUGCAUGCUCGAAUACCUAUGAAAAGCAUUGAUGCGCUUCUAGCUUGGGCUCAGAAUGCGCGCAGAGCUUACGAGGACUACAUCAAAGCCUGGCGACUGGGAUUCCAAGACGUACUCGUCAACUUGGCCCCGCUAGAUGAGAAGCAAGGAGACGUAGAGACCGGGAUGGCACAGGAUGCCGAGGGCAAUGUCGUUGAUUCAAGAGGUGGAAAGGUCGAUGUAGCCUUUCUCUUGAAACGUCCUCUCGUCAGGGUCAAAAAUCUGGCCAAGACUUUCGAGAGCAUCAAAGCUAGUCAUGACAGAUCUCUAGCAGUUGAAGUAUGGCAAGCUUUCACCGACUUGACCGCAGCAGCUCGACUUCGCCACAGAGAAGAACAAGCUCGGCUGGAGGACGAGGCAGCAGCGGCUCUCGAUGCGUCACGAGUUCGUAAUGUGCGCACUCUAGGACCUUGUCCUUCGGUGUCCGUCAACAAGGCGCGAAAGGUUCGAGCAAGGGAUACGUUUGAUAUGGGCCUGUGGCAUUCGACUGGUCAGAGACUGGACUGCCAAGUCGAGUUGAUCUUCCGAGACGAUCCAACAACUACAUUACCUGGCGGAGAUGUGCUGAUUUGUGAGAUCGAUGCCACUGGCAAAUGGCUUUUAUUCCCGCCGAUCGAGCUAUUGUCGAUCUCUGCACGCCGAGGCGAGGACGAUGUCGACCUAGUUGUCAUGAUUCGUGGCCCAUCAGGCAUCGGAAAAGAGUGGCAUGAGCUGCUGGCUUUGACCUCUGACGACGCUGAGGCUGUUGGAGAAUGGAUGACAAUGCUAGGAUCUACUCCCCUCCCACCCAGACUGAACCGAUCGAGAAGUUUCCUCGAGCGACGUGCUGCCGUGCCCGUAUCGUCCGGGUCGCGGCCGACCACUCCAGGGUCCAAAGCCGACACUGCAUCUGUCUCAGUACCCAGCGAGCCAGAUGUACCACUCGGGGAGCCUUCCGUCGUUGGAUCGCAUACAGAUGCUUCAAUAAACAAGAGUCCGAAAACAUUCAUCGACCGAUUCGUGCCUCGUCUGCAUCUUGGAGGUGGGCUACAAAGCAAGCCACCUUCUAGCUGGAGUCAGCCAGGAAGGGUUCCUCCGAGAAAGCCUGUUCGAUCGACUAUAUCUUCGGAACCCUCCGUGGCAUCAGCUAAUUCGGACGGCCGCGCCUCUGGGCAGAGGAAUUCGCCUUCACCGCCCAGUAACGACGUGAAGAACGAAUUCGAUAGAGGUCACGGCAGAAAGUCGAAAUCUCCGCUCCUGACUGAGUGGUACAUGAUGUCCGGUGCAUUGUCGCCUUCGAAGAACGAGCGAGAGGAGAAGAAGACAGACACUUCUCGCCCAACCACGGGGUUGGCCCAUAACCCUCAAACCGCAGCCACAGAGAGCACGCCAUCUGUUGAAGUCUCGUCUGGGAACCUGGGUCGUCCAGGUUUCGCUCGUCAGCUGUCGGCCACUCCCUCAGAAGGACUUCCAACAAUUUCAAAGCUAAGAAACACGACUGAACCUACUCCUCCGCAAUCAACAGUCCCUCUGACAGACUCAAUUCGAGAUCAGUGGGCGGCGCUUUCUGGAACUGGAAAACCCAAGCGGCGGACUGAGCGCUCACGAGAGACCCGAGAAAGAGAAACUUCGCCGAGAACCACUCAAACGGCACAAGAUCCGUCACACGAUACAAGCAUGCGGUACGCUAUCGAACAAGAUGCCCCUCCACCGCCUCCGCCGCACCGAGCAGGAAGUGCGGGCGCCCAGAAACCUGUACCAGGCAACAAAAUGGAAUCUGCACCACAGUUGACGCCCAAGUCGAAGCCCAAGAGACGAUCGUCUUCUCCGUUGAAGCAUGAAUACGCACCGUCGACUGCAUCCGAAACAAGCUCCGAGUCUGGUUCGGAUGACGGGACAGAUACCUCCUCCGAGACCUCGGAUGAUUUCAUGUCUGAAGUAAAGGAUAUCUCAACGCCUUUGGUUGCAGUGACCGGAGGAAACAGGCGGAAUUCACAACAAGUGCGCCCGAGCCCCGGGCCGCCAACAGCAGCUCCGCCAACCAUUGGAACGCGAACUUUGGCUCCAUCUGAAUCCGCCUCACAAGGUCCCUACAGACGAGUGCCAUCAUCGGCGACUGUGCCUAGCAAUCAGAAGUCUCGAACGAUUGCGAUGAUCUGUUCGUGGUCUGAUCGUGGCAUGUGGGAGCAAGUCCACCCUGAUGAAUGCUCUAUCGUGGUCUCUCCAGGUCUGAUUGAAGCAUUUCAGAUGUCGGCAGCACAUUCUGGCCAAGAGAGUCGACUCAAUGGUGACAGCUCCAUAUCAGCAUCGGAGCAUUCGCAGCCCCUCGUGGCCUUCGAACUGACACCAAUAGUGCCGCUUCGUCGUGGCACUGCCUUAGACAUCAAUAUCCGGUCGCCGCCGACCUCCAACUCAAUACUCAAGACUACUAACAAUAUCUUGUUCAGAUCACGCAAUGCGGACGAAUGUGACAACUUGUAUAACAUGAUCAACUGGGCCAGGUGUAAUAACCCAACGUAUAUCCAACUUGAGAAGGCGAGACCCAAACAGCCGCCAGUGUCUUUCAACACAGGCCCUGCGCGCCACAGCAGAUCAAAAUCUGGUGGAUCCUGGUUCAGCUUUGGAAGUCAUGGCGACAAGUCCAGCUACCGAGCUUCGUCUGCACCAAUGUCAGUUGGAGGAGAAACAGACACAACCCAUACCACCAUGGCUUCCGCCUUCUCUGCUCUCAAACGUCUGGGCGUUAGUUCCGCAUUCAACCUGAACCGAUCGUCAAUCACUCGCAAAUCAGGCUGGACCAGUCAGACGAGUGGCUCUCUCUACUCCUCUAACAGCGGCACAGGAAGCGGAUCUGGGACGAGCACGCCCAUACCAAGCCAGGUGGGACUGAUACCUGGACGUGACGGACCCAACGUGCCGGAGACAAGUGCGGAUGCAGUCAACGGGGGUGGCAUGGUGAACAACAUGAAGAUUCGUAUCUAUGUUCGGAAGGGCCAGCAAUGGGCAAAUCUCGGAUCCGGUCGUUUGAGUGUGCUGCCGGCACCAGAGAGUCCUCCUUCAACAGCAGAUCCUGCCGUGGGAGAGGACGCCUCACUGAGUUCGGGAGCUGUUCGCGGCAAGCCAGGAAGCAAAGGACCUCGCUUGGCAAGCUCGGGACACACACCGCACCGUCUGCAUGGCGAUGGCAGAGAGAAGCGGAUCGUCGUGCGCAAAACCAAGAAAGAUGACGUGGUGCUUCUUGAUGCAGUUCUUGGGGAGAGCUGCUUCGAACGAGUAAUGCAGACGGGUAUUGCAGUCAAGGUCUGGACAGAGAAUGCGGCGGUAGCUGAUACUGGCGGUGUCAUGAUGGGGAAGGAACAUAUCUACAUGCUGCAGUUUCCAGGCACAAGAGAGGCUGGUUGGGUUUUCGGACUGCCUGGCCAGAUGCCUACACUGCUCGAUCAAGCGCCCGAGGUGCUUCACGACAUAUUCUUCCACACAGAGCCGGCAGAUCUCGGAUCUAUAGCCCAGACAUGUCACUUCCUCAACGACCUAGUCAGCCGUGAUGCUCUAUUGUGGAGGCGGCAGUACCUCGCACGGUACGACGCUCCAGUGUUGGCAGCGACUGAACCAGAAUGGCAGACUCUCCUGAAGCGUAACACUACCAUCGACAAGAUUCUCGCCGCAUCCAACGACUCGGUAAAGACCGAGGAGGAGCUCCAAACAAUUGCCAGCACGAUAGACUUCCUCCUCAAGGACUCUUCUCCACUUUCAGAUCUUAGCAUCAGCUGGCUUCGGCGACACUUCACCAAUGAGUCCAAUAUCUCAUCAUUUCUAUGCCGCUCGUCGUUGUUCCACGGAGCGCGUCUACCUGCCAACCGGCCGGCUUCAUCGGCAGAGCUGCGCCAACUAUCGGCGAAGCUGCAUGUCUACUCGGGACUAGACGUCGAGCCUCCUUGCACAGGCACGAGAUCCACAACGGAGGGAGCCCAACCAGUACACCCAUAUGCCCGCUCGCGCGUUUAUGAUCUCCGUCGAUACAAAGCUACCAACCACUGGGGACCGUUCCUCGACGAUGGCUCGAACGCGGUGGACUGGGAGAAGGUACAAGCCAUAAUGCUGGAUCUGCUCUACAAUGUACGCUCGUUCACGGGUCGCAAUACGAAUCCUAUGCAUGCUUCACCGAGCAGACGCCGUGCUUCGAACCAACGAUCUAUGUUUGCCGACACCUGGGCUGGGAUCUUUGAUAAGCCCUUCUGGGGUUUGGCACCAAACAGCUUCACAUCUCGCCCGGCAGCAGAAGGUGAACAUCAGAUCCGCGACCCUCCCACCCGCGACCUCGACCUCCUCGACCCCUACGGCGUUUCCGGCACCUGGAUGCGCAUCGUCUGCUUCCUCGACUACUCCGACCUGUACAACUUCAACUUCGAAUCCUCAGAAACCCUCCCCGAGAACGUAGAACGAGAGCCCAUCGACACUCGAGAAGCUUUUCGGAUUAUUAAGCUGCAUCUGCAUGUCACGAGUGUUGAUCCACCCGGCGAGGAAGACCACCCGGACUUUCCAGUCGUGAGCUUUGUGGGCGCGAGUCGGAGUAUCUUGACGCAGUGGGAUCCGAAUGCUAACAGUCGGAUCCGCGGGACGGUGAGGACGACGAGGGAGGGGGCUAUUCGAUGGACUACGUUCUCGAUUUUCCACGGCGAAGAACGCUGGCGCUCCGAGGGCGUCCAGAUCGGCGGAAUCCGCAGCGCGAGAGGCAUUCUCGGCAACUGGUUCGACAAAGACUACGACGUCGCCGGCCCCGCCGGCCCGACAGCCUUCUGGAAGGGUCAGGAUGAGGAUAGUGAUGAGGAUGAUGAUGAGUGGGUUGAUGAGGAUACCGAAGCGCAGAACGGUAACGAUGCUACUACUCAGAAUGACACUGGGGAGGGGAGCGCCAAUGCUGGCAACGCAGGUACGGCUGGGAUGCAGGGAGGCGGUGGCGGCAGAGUAUUGACGUUGGCGGACUUGGGGCUCUUGGCAGGGCAGGGAGGUGGAGGUACGGUUGUGGUUGGUGGUGGCGAGAAUGGGCAGGGAGGGCUGGUGUUGCCGCUGGCGAAUGUGGUUCAGUUGUUGAUGGAGACGCUGAAUGGGAAUAACGGCGGGCAGGCGCAGUUUGAUUUCGAGGAUUUGGCGAGGUUUCAGGAGUAG